AUGCCCUCCCGCGACUUCGCUCCGCCGACUCCCCAUAACCGCCAUAGUUCGGCAUCAGACUUCAACAACUUUACGCGACCAAAGAAGCUCAUCGUCUGUUGCGAUGGAACAUGGAUGGACAGCGACAAUGGCUACGUCAAAGGCAGCUGGGGUCAGCCCGGCCGGAUGCAGACCCCAUCGAAUGUCACUCGGAUUGCGAGAGCAAUCAGCGCCGAGGAUGACUCGAAACACGCGCAGAUAGUGUACUAUCAAUCUGGCAUAGGCACCGGUAUUGGACUCACCAACCAUGUCCUGGGUGGUGGCACGGGAAUUGGACUAGAGGAGAAUAUCCGGGAAGCCUACUCUUUCCUCGCAAGCAACUACCGUGAGAAAGACCAUGACAUGCCCGGCGUGCCACCAGAUUCCAUCUUCUUGGUGGGCUUUUCACGGGGAGCGUACACCGCCAGAAGCAUAGGUGGACUGCUGGGAGCCAUCGGCUUGUUGAAGAAGCCAGCAAUGUCGCACUUCUACGAGAUCUUCUCGGACUGGAUGCAUGCCGGUGACAGCAGUUACACGCCCUUGUUCUUCGACAGCUACUUCCGGACGCACAAGGAUGUCAAGGCAUGCGGACCGGCUGUCGAACUAGCCCGAGACAAGCACAGAAUCGACGACUACUUGGACGAAUACCUCAAGGUGCUGCUCGCUAUGGACCUCACCCAGGAAGUGCAGAUAAGGUGCAUCGGAGUAUGGGAUACUGUGGGUGCUUUGGGUGUCCCCGUCAAUCCUCUGGUGCAGCAACUUGUCCCCUUCUUACCAGGAUUUCUCCGGGGCUACAGGUGGUUUGAUACUAGAUUGGACAAGCACAUCGACAACGCUUUCCAGGCGCUAGCGUUGGAUGAGCGAAGAUUCCCGUUCACGCCAACGCUGUGGGAAAAGCGAAGCGGAUCGCGAACUAACCUCAAGCAAGUUUGGUUCCCGGGAUCUCAUUCCAACGUCGGCGGCUCAUACUCGGACACGGGCAUCGCAGACAUCACCCUCGCUUGGAUGAUGGAUCAGCUGUCCGGCAACACAAGCAAGCAUCCUCAUGGAUACGUCGCACGAGACUGGAUCAAGUUCGACGACGACUACCUCUGGACCUCUGUCGGCUCCGAAGAUCCCGACACCAGUCCAGCUCAUGGCCCGUAUCGCGGCUGGAGCAAAGGCAAGGUCUACGAUACUGUGUACUUUCCAAUGUCCUUGACGGGCACCACGGUCCGCGCACCGGCUCGCUACCACGGCACAUUCUGGGAGACUGGUAAACCAGACGGCAAGCGCCUGCUCGAAAGCACACAAGAACAUGUCCAUUCCUCCGUCCGCGCACGCAUCGAUCUUGGCGGCCGCGGGAUCGAGCCAGACUGGAACCAAGUCUUCCCCAACGGCCUGGGCAUCACGCCCUGGCUGGUGCUCGCCUGGCGCAAGCUCACCGGGCGGCCUCCGAAGCCUUACCAACCGCAGCGGAAAGGUGGCCCGCUGCACGGCUGGCGGUUGGAAGAUGGCCAUGUGUCGCACAGAGAGCCGAAUUGGGACAUCGACAUGAGUCCCGUGGAGUCGAGGAAAAUUAGCUGGGUAUAUGAGGGCGAGGACCAGAGUUGCACGCGGACGAUGCUGGAGGAUAAGUUGGGGCCGUAUGAGUUGAAGCUUUUGCAGAGGGAUCAGAAGUUUGCGGAGCAGAUUAUGGUGAGCAAUGAUGAAUGGCGAUGGACGGUCAAGGAGACCGGGAGGCCGCCGAAGCGUGGGCAUACUUUCUGA